AUGCUCGAGAUCGUGACGUGCUGCUGCUGUGGCGCGGGAAUCAAGGAUGAAGACGAAGCACCACUCGCCCCGUGGAUGACACUAUACCGGGCCGUCUACGUCGAGGAUGGCCGGACUGCUCCCGCGCGCCUCUCGGGCGUCAGCCUGCGCAGGGACGAACGCCAGGAUCCCCCAUUCGACUGCGUCGUCCUCGAUGACGAUGAGUCCAUCUUGGAUGAGCCCACGCCCUCGACCGAGCUCAUCCGUCUCAUGCGCAAGGGCUUCAAUGAUCCGCCCGUCCCCCCCGCAGACAGCGUCGAGGAGGGCCGCUGGGGCUUUCCGUUUCACUCCUCUUGCUGGGAUAUCAUGGCCAGCGUUGUUGACGGCCUGGACACGUCGAGUCGGGGCCUCCAAGCCCUUUUCAACGUCCUGCGCUCGUUCCCGUGCCCUCAGGGCGUCAUGUACUGGGGACACAGCUAUCUGGGCCUGUACCAAAUCACAGCCGACACCGAGUUCCUCAGCACAGAAGACGCCCUCGUCAUCGACAACGACUACCCCUUUGAGCUAGAGGAAUCCUCACCUGAAGAAGUUGAAGCCUGGGACCCCUUGGAGGAAGACCAUUUGGCUGGCAAGAUCAUACAGUGGAAGGAGGAAUUUGUGCCAUCGCGCCAGCCUUCCCCGAACCCGUUUCUCACCGACGACGUCUCGGGCGGCGGCAGGCUCUCGCAGCUGCCGUACGAGGUCAUCACCGAAAUCUUUGCACAUCUCCGGAGCUGCGACGUCUACAACCUACGCCUCGCAUCCCGGCGCAUCGCUCUCAUGCCCCUCGCCGACACCUUUUUCCACUCACGCUUCCGAGUCGGACACGAGUUUGCACACGUCUGGGAGGCGCACGACGUCGAGGACGAAUAUCGUGGCAAGUGGCGCAUGAUUUACAUGAACUACAGAGCCAUGUACCACCACCCUGCCCUCGUCAACCGCAAGCGCGUGUAUAAGCUCGCCGUCGCCAUCACCACGCUGGUCGACCAGGUGUUCGGCGUCCCGUGCGAUGGGACACCCAUACCCGAGCCGGAACCAGGCUCGGACGAGGUCACGACGGACAACAACGGGGCCAAGGGCGAGGCGUCCACGUCCAAGUGGAUCGAAGAUCAGAAGCAGCCGUUCCUGAUUCAUACCAGCGGGUUCGUCUUCCGCCGCAUACACCUCCCGGAUGUCGACAAGAUUCGCUCCGUGGCGGUCUGCACGGUCAGUAUCUUCGGCGAGAAGUUCGUGUCUGGACUACAGUUUGAGAGCAUCAUGGGCCAGAGGCAGAACAUGGGCUACGUCUCCGAGUCCACCCUCCAAACCCUUACCUGGCCUGAGUGUGACGACCACCCCGACGGCUUCGAACUGUACGGAUUCCACCUGGCCAUCGACAAUGAGGGCGUGCGAGGCAUCGCCGCGGUAACUUUCGAGCAAGAGCUGUCGGCGUGGAUUAGCGAUCGCGCCGACAUACCCAAGAGACGCCUGGUCAUCGGACGAAGCCCUCCCACGGUUUCCAAGUGGCCGACGAGGCUUUCGCAAAUUUCGGCCGGAUUCGAUGGUCUGAGGCUUCUGUCCAUGUCGCUACGCAGCCUGCACUGCCCCGCGCCGGACCAGGACGAGGAAGGCCUGGACCAGCGCGACUCAGUCAGCUGGAUCCCGGACGUGCCCCCGAUGGGCCUCAUCUACGGGCUCUUCACUACAUUGAGUGGCACGUCUGCUAUGAGGUUCUCGACGUCGAGGCCGUGCUUCGUGGGCUUCUUCGGAGGGCCCGAGGCCGUCCUCCCCGACGACGACAAGCUCACCAUCACGGUGCACAUCAACGCCGAGAGACGCAUCGUCGGGAUCCAGACGCACUUACUCCUCGGCGACCACACGAAUGUGAUUGGGCAGGAGGCGGAAACGCACAACAGUUUCCAGAUCGACUUUUCCGACGGCGAACGCCUCACAAACAUAAUACACCGGCGCCACCGAUAUGGCCCAGACGAAAUCACCAUUUACACGAGCAAACGGCGCGUCGGACGGCUGUCGGCCCCGCUGGCGUCGUCCUUCGGGCCGCGACCCAAGACUCCUGCUUUGUCGUUUAUACACGACGCCGUGGGCAUACACGGCUUCAUGGAAAACGGCCUGCUUGAGGGAAUUGGCCUGGUGUACCGUCCGAGGGAAGAGUCGGAAGAGUCGGAAGAGGAGGAGGAGGAGGAGGAGGAGGACGACGACGACGAUGAGUCGUCAGAUGAUAACAGUUGAACUGCACCGUGAACAUCGAGAGUGCCUUGGAGACACGGGAGUCGGGAGUAAAAGGCAGGUCAGGAAGACCUUUGGGAGCCACGCAAGGCACGACACAACAUUUGUGGAAGUUUGUGGGAUACAAAAAAACUGAGGCACGUCUUGUGGUAACCGCGGGGUGUUGGCGGAUACAGAGAUGCGCGAAAGACGUCUGGUCUCGGGAUGACGGUCGCACACUGACGAGGG